UUGCAAAAAAAAAAUGUUUACGUUGACUUUUAUUUAUUAUGAUAAUAGUUUGUGAAUACCUCAAAAUUAAAAGCAAUAAUUUUAAAAUAUUUCAAGCAAAGCUUUCUUGCAGUUAAUUGUACGAUUUUUCAAAUAUAUAACAAGGCUCAGAAAUAGUUGAAUGCAGGAGUAAUUAACCUCGGGGUUAAGAAAAAUAUUUUUUUAAUUUCAAUGGAUUAUUGGUUUAAAGCAAAAGCAAAACCCAAAACGGCUCAGAACUGGUACGAAGUAAUGUUUAUAAUGUACUACUUCGUAUUAAUUUGUGAUAACUUGAAGAGAGGUAUAAUAGGAGUGUGAGGAGUGGCAUUUGACGGAAAAACAGCAAAUUUAAUUUAAAAAUGGAGUUUCAAAAUACAAAAUCCUGUGAAUUCGAUGAAACGAAUGAGAUGGUAUUGUCAGAUGAUCUGAAUAUUAAAGAAGAAAUAACCCACGAAAUAACAGUUGAUAUAAAACCGGAAAAUGAUGACAGCUACAGCAAUGAUGAUAAUCCAUUUGAGAAUAUACAAGUUGAGAUUAAACAGGAAUUCAUCACUCCAAAUUAUCCAGAUAAACUACUCGAGAUAUCAUCUAUCACAAAGAAAAGAGAAGCUGAACUACAACACACAGUAAUGCAAAUAGAAAAUGAAAUAAACGAGUUAAUAUUACCUAAUACAGAUGACAAUAUUAAAAUGGAGAAGCAAGACGAGGUUUUGGGUUAUGAAUAUCCGACUAUUGAUGAAGGCAGCAUGGAUAGUGAAGAGGCACACGCAUUGAACAAUGUUGAGGCUUGUUUACAGGAUGAAAUUAACAUAAAACCUGAAAAUGAUGUUUAUGAGGACACCACAAAAGAAGAAUUUGACAAAUUAAUAAAGGAAGAAAUGGAUUUGACAGUAACAGAAACUCAUUUAAUAUCAAACAAAGUAAUUAACACAACAUCAACCAUCACAAAUCCUCAGGAUGGGGUGAUACAGUCACAAACUACAAAAACUUUAGUUAUGGAAAUUCAUCCUAUGGUUCAGGGUAUCAAUGUUUCAUCGUUGGGUAGAAUUAAUAAUCCUGAAGAAAUAUUACCAACUUCUUAUAGCAAUGAUGACAAUCUUACAAUGGAAUAUGACGAUUUUCAACUAAACUCUAUAACUGGCAAUGUAUUGUCAUUAGAGCAGGAAGCAUAUGGCUUAUUAAAAGCAGGUCGCUGUGAUGUCAACGACAAACGAUUCAGCUGCAAAAAGUGCGAUAAAUCAUAUAAGAAAUCGAAAUAUUUGAAAGAGCACAUGCAAGUGCACAAGUCCAUAGAGAAUAGAGCAAUGGGAAUUAUUAAAGGCCUUAAAACGAGGAUGGAGAACAUGAAGAAAAGGAUUUGCAACGAUCUCAAGAAAGACGCAAAUAAAGCUAUUGAUAAACAUACGUUUGAGAAUAAAAAGGCAAGAAUGGAAAGAUUGGAGAAUCGAUCGCGAAUCAAGGAGGAGGUUGUUAUAAAUAUGAAGAAGGAAGGUUAUGAAUGCACUUGUGGACAGAUAUUCAAAAGAAAAACUAGGAUGUUGUCUUGUUUACGAUCUCACGACAUUUAUGCAGACACAGAAUCCUGCUUUUCCUGCAUAUCUUGCACCAAACAGUUCAAAGACAAACAGGAGUUAGCGUUACAUCGUAAACGGCUGCAUCGCAAACGAUUCCCCUGUAAAUUCUGUCCAACUGACUACAGCACCAGAAAAGAUUUAUUCAAGCACCUUCAAAUACACCAAAAAGUUCAAUUGAUGGAGUACAAAGUUAUUUCGGAAGUAGUUAAAGGGAAACAGAAGCUAAAAUGUUUUAUGUGUUCCAAAACAUUUUCGGAACUAUCAGAAUUAAAAAUGCAUGUGAUGGAGGAUCACGAGGAACCGUACAUUUGCCCACAUUGUAAAGGAACUUUUCCGAAAAUUAUCGAUUUUGGAAACCAUACGAAAACGUACCAUCCAGAGGUUGAAGGACAAUCUGUUUUGGAUGUUCUUGAAGCGUUUUCAAAAUUAGUGCAAGCUUGGAAAUGCGAGGAGUGUAAAUUACAAUUUCAUGAGGCCGACAAAUUUGCUAUGCACCAGGUAGAGAAACACAGUCCGGAUUUGAAAGUAAAGGAUCAGUUCCAGUGCUCCGAUUGUCGAAGAGUUUUCGUGAGCCAGAAAGGUUUGACGUCUCACAGAAGAAUUCACCACAACACGGGUAGCACAGAGGAAUCCGAGACCAUCGAGAAGGGUGUCAUGUGCGUUGAAUGUCGGAAGAUAUGUAAGGAUAUGACCGCUCUUACAUCACACAUGCGUUUACAUUCACCAGAACGGAAGUAUCCUUGCAAGUUUUGUGAUUUUCGUUUCUCAACACCAGAGAAGAGAAAGAUUCACGCUGAACUACAUACAGGCGACAUGAAAUACGUGUGCUUUAUAUGCGAGUAUCAGUGCAGUUCGGAGAAUCGGUUGAAACAGCACAAGAUGUCCCUGAAACACGCAAACAUGAAGGAGUUCCUAUUGACGGGUAAACCGUUAAUCGAAGAACAGUCGACAUCGAAGGAGUCAAGACCUGGAGAAAAGUACGCUAAAAAGAGGAAGCAAAGUAAAAGCACGCCGUCUCUCUCGGGAGAUGAGGGGACUUCGACGUGCGAAGUCUGCGGUGACAAGUUUCCAAGCGAAAAGAAAAUGUUAGAACAUAAACAAACUCACCCGUUCAUUGAAUUCCCCAAUGAAGACACGCCUACUAGAAUAUUCUUUAAGUAGUCACUCUUGCCAUUCGGUUGUAGAUUAGGUUGCACUGUGGUUAUACUCCAUUUAACAAAGCGCUUACACGAUGUUCUGUGAUCUGAUUGGUUGAUAUUAGUUGUAAAUUGUCUCUUCACUAAACUAUUGAACCAAUUUCAAUGUAAUGUUUAAAUAUUGUAUAAUUUUCUAAUAAGAUUUGUGAAAUAGAACAAUAACUAUCUUACUGAAUAUAAUAUUUCUUCGCGGGCGAAGAGAGUAUUGUUUAUGUGAGUAAACUUUUAAUUAAACUUUAAAGGUUUUGUAUUUAUAUUAUUUUAUUACAUACGAAAAAUAUCUUUAUUUCUUUUUUACAAAUUUAUAAAACAAAUAGAAGCUAAGUUUAGUGCUGAAAUUGAAUGAUCCAAAAUCUUCGAAUAUUAUGUUGUCUAUAAGAAAUGUGUUUAUAAAUUAUUUUAAGUUAAACAACACUUUCUGUGCUUAAUAUUAACAUGAAAAGAAGUACUUACAUCACAUACUAAACAGUUUUAUUGCUUGCUGCUACCAUCAAGAACAAAUCAACUUAUAUCAAAGGAUAAAAAGUUGGUUGCAAAUAUUUAACAAAUGUUUUAUUAUUUCUGUAUUAACUUCCACAAUGAAUAGCUUUAACAAAUGGAGUGUAAUUUAUAUUAUAUAACUGUUUUAGAUAUAGUUUGAUUUUUUUUGUGAUUUGUGUUAAAAAGCUAGUCUGUUAACUCUACAAAUGUAAUUUAAAUUGUUAAAACAUCAGUGCCUCAAUAAUAUAAGUUAUUUACAUGGCAAUGUUAGGUAAAGGUGUUAAUAAAUAAUA